AUGGGGAAAUUGAAAAAGGGUAGAAAGAAUCAAAAAGCCAGAUUGAAUCCAAUUGGAUCCAAGUCUCAACAAGAUCUUAAAAAAGAUGAGUCAACAAGGGCUUCGAAAAUUUUACCCCUUAUAAAUAAGCUUAACUCCACCACACCGAAUGAUAAGUCGAUGGCUUUAGGUGCCAUCACUAUUCUUUCUGAAGAUGAGCGGAUGAGACACUUACUUCUCAAAGAGAAAGUAAUUGCUGUUGUAAUGCAGACUUGUUUGAAUGACUCCAACGAUGAGAUUAUUGUUGAAGCAUUUGGUCUAUUGAGAAAUUUGGGAAUUGAAGAAGGGUACGAUGUUACCAAAUAUUUGUGGAGACAAGGUAUAUGGACGAGUAUAGAGAGUGCACUAAACAGGAUUGAUGAGUCGUUUAAGUUCUUACAGGAAAAGGGUAAUGUUGAAAAGGAUAAAUCCAAAUUACAACUACUAUAUGACUUUACUGAGAAUAUAUUGAGUUUAAUAGUGGUUCUUGCAAGUGGAGAUGAAUCAAUGUAUGAUUCUGUGUUCAACAAAAUUAACCCUAUUCUUGAUUUUGUUUUGAGAGUGAUCGAUGGUCAUAUAAAUGGUGGUUUGAAGGUUACUAACAAAUUGUUUGACGCAUUGUUGGAAUUUAUUUACGAGUUUUCUACCGAGUCCGUUGAGUUUGUUGAGAAGUUGGAAAGAUUUACUCAUUGGGAGAAAUUAAUCCCAUAUGUUAAUGAGUCAACUAGCAGCUUAGCCAAAGUUUAUGUCGAGGGAAUCAAGUUCAAUAAUUAUGAGGUAUUGGAAUCAAUUCAUGCUAAUAAACAGCAGGUAUUGGGAAGCAUAUUGCAUAAUAUAUUCAACAUUGAGACCUGUAUUGACUUGCAGAAGCUCCUGGAACGCAUUGAGUCUAUUGCACAUCCCAACAAUGCAAAUGAACCGAUAAAGAAAGAUGCAAACACUUUAGAGAAAGACUUAUCAUCGAGUAAUGAUACUAAGACCGAAACCAAAAGAGACUUAUCAACCAUUGAAGUUGGUUUGAGUAUCAUCACUUCGGUGCUUGAAUACUUGUCGGUUAGUGAGGAGAACCCAGAGGAGCCUAUCAAUUUAUCACUGGAUUUGGAGAGUUUGUUGCUUGAAAAAAUAGAACCAAUGUUGAUUGAGCUUCUCAAGUUUGAAUUGAAGGGAAAUAUGUUGCAAUUGGGAGAACAAAUAACUGGGGCAAUCAAUAACUUCUGCUGGCUUAUAUUGAGUUGUGGACAUCUUCCUGUUGCUUGGUAUGAGAAAGCAUUACAGUUGUGGGAUAUUAUACAAAAUAUGGAUGACGAAAAGUUGCAGUUGGAAAGUUUGGGUAUCCUUUGGGCCAUUGUAAAGAGCUUAGGACCAGAACUUGUUAGAAAAAUACCUCAUGACUUCAUAACAAAACUUCAGCAAGCACAACCGACCGACGAGAAUGCUGGUGCUUUUUUGAAUGUUAUUGGUGUAUUGGGUUCUAUUGCACCAAUAAUUAACAAUACUGAAAUUACCUAUCUGAUUUCCCAAUUUUUGAUCAACUCAAUCAAAGCUGCUUGCAACGAACCUCAACAUGCUAGAAACUUGGAAGUCAUCAUUGAGUCACUAAAUGCAAUCUAUGACAUAUUCGGAGAUAAAGAAUUUGAUUAUGAUUACCCAAUAUUUGUACAACACGAUUACUUGACUAUUUUGAAGGGUCUUGAGCCUAAAAUCAAAGAAAUAUACAAGAAAAUUGACAAGGGUAAGCAACCACAAAUCAAAGUGAAGAUGGAAGAGACUUGGAUUAAUUUGGAUAGGUUUAUAAAGUAUAAAGCUAGCGAAAGGGCAUAA